GUAGAGUCCCAAAGUGCACUCCAGAAACUGAUCCUGAGACUCUGGAAACAUGUCUUACCAACAGCAGCAGUGCAAGCAGCCCUGCCAGCCACCUCCUGUGGUCAUAACUCCAAAGUGCCCAGAGCCGUGCCACCCGAAAAAGAGCCCAGAGCCGUGCCCACCUCCAAAGUGCCCUGAGCCACGCCCACCUCCACAACACAAAUGUCCUCCUGUGCAGCCUCCCCCACCCUGCCAGCAGAAGUGCCCACCCAAGAACAAGUGACAGCCUCAGGAUUCCUCAGCUCAUGAAAAGGAAUGGGAAACUACCCCCACUGAUCUCCUUCUAUAGCGGCACCUUUCUCUUCUCCUCAAACCCUGUCAAGGACACAGAAGAACCUUCUUCACCCUCUCAUCUGUAAUCUGCCUCUGAUGACUCCUCCCUCCCAGCUAGAGGAAUUCUUCCUGAAACCCUUGUGUGAUCACUGUCCAGGAAGAGACUGAGGAAGGGCAUUUCUCAGCGGUGCCACCAUCCCAGACCUUAGCGUGGAAGAGCAGCAUCUCUCCCUUGCUCCCAUCUGAUGGUGUCCUCUGAGCCUCGUCAGCUGGGCAGGGGUUUCAAUCACCUGGGAAACUGUAACCUCACUGUCGCUUCCUGAAUAAAG